UCUUCAAAGUCAACGUAUCCUGCCUGAGAUGAACUGAACGAAAGACCAUUUCCAACAAGGUUAUUGAACGUUGUCAUUUGCUUCCCCUCCUUGCUGCUUUCGUCCCAAGACUCCAUACGUACAUCCUCGCCGCCUCUGUUCUCUCUAUAUAUCAACCAAAAUAGAAAGAAGAUAGUAAGUUUGAAUCUGUAAUUGUUUGAUUCUAUAAACAUUUGACUUUAGGUUCAGCAAAGCUCAAAAACAAUUAUGUUUAGAGGAUUUGCUUUCAUCAUGCGUGUUUGGUUUAACAUUAUGUGUUGUAUCAUCCGUUAGGCACUAGCUUGAGUUGCUUGCUAUCCAAGGGACCAUGAAAUCACGGCGGCGGCAGCGCAAGGAUCGUAGAACCAGCAGCAGCCUUGUUGAUACUGACCAACAACACUCAUCACUGCCGCUCCCAAUCGAUCUCAUGAUGGACAUCUUCCCCAGGCUAUCCCUCAAGUCCAUUGCCAUCUGUCGUUGCGUAUCAAGCCCUGGGCCUUCGUACUUGGCCACUCUGACUUCAGGGAUCUGCGCUUGACAAGGUCUCAGGCUCUCCCGCGUAUAUGGUUCGCUUUUAGGGAUGGUAACAAUGUCUUCUUCCUCUCCUCACCUCAGCCUCAGAGUCCUGAUGAGAUUUCGUCUGUUGCGGCUGAUCAUCACAUUAGUUUCUCCUUUGAUCAUCCUGUCGAAGAUAUAUCUGCAAUUUCGAAAAGGAAACAGUAACAAGACUUGGAAUCCAAGGAAUGGAAGCGUUUCAGAUUAGGAGGGGGUCUUCUGUUCUCAUCCAUCUGAACCAUGUGGAGGAUUUGAAGCUUAUGGAAUUAUAAGGAUAAGCAUCAGACCAUGCUCGUGCAUCAUUGAAGCUUGUGAAAACGCUUUUGGUAGUGUUUUUCUUUAUUGCUCUUGUAAUAUCACCUUAUUUCUGAAAUUCCUUAUCAUCAUCACAUGUUCUGAACGCAUAGAAGCCAUGGAACAUGAACCCCAAUAGUAAAAAAGUUCUUAUUUUAUUCUAUCCGGUUCACUAUUUUCACACACAGAUUUUAAUUAUCAGAUAUCAUCAGGUCUGAACGCAUAUACCAUCAGUUUGGUGCAUAUUUUUGUUUUGUGGUGGUAGUUAAACCCUUGCUUUCAUCAAAUGAUCAGUUCAGGUUAAGAAACAAUCAAAAUGGCCAAGUUUGAAACUCUGGACGGUCAAGACAUUGCUUUUAUGAGAUAUGAAAAUAGAUAAGUUAAAGAUAGUGAUGGUUUACUAUCAGUGGAAAACUUAAGGAGGGAGGUAUUAAUUUACCAUAUAGUGUCAAAUAUCACAUGAAAACUCUCCUCUUUAAAUGUUGGCAUUAACAUCACAUUAGUUUCAAUAUCUUUUACAAGCUAUAGCUAUGAACACCCUCCUUGGUUUUGUUCUGAAAACUUUCAUUUCAAGUUUCUCUCCACAGCUACAAGAUAUUGCAAAGCAAACCAUUGUGCUGAAAGUGAAUAUGAGCGGUGAAAAAUAUAGGAACAAAGCCAUGAAGAUUGUAGUAGGAACAUCCGGAGUUACGGGAGUGCGGUUGGAGAAAGACAAAGAGACGCUUACGGUGGAAGGAGAGGGAGUGGAUGUACUUGCUCUUGCCCGAGCUCUGAAGAAGAAAGUAGGCAAAACUGAGAUCAUCAAAGUUUCUUAAUAAGUCUAAUCCCCUUUUCUUACACAACAAUAUCUAGUUCUUUUUCUGGUUUCAUGAUGAUGUGUUCUUGUGGGGGCAACAUUUGACAUGCUUUCUUUUCCAGUUUCUAGUUUAUGGAUAUAUUUCACUUGUUUGAAAAUCAGUUUGAUAUCUGUUGUUGGAUCAACUCUGUUGCAGAUUUAUGAAUAUUCCAUAUAGCAACGGUUGUUAAACUUUA